AUGUAUAAUGAACCUUAUAACGAUUUAAUAAUUGAGACAAGGCACGGCGAACUAAUACCGUGGCACUACUCUCAGAUGCAACGUAUGUGCCCGUUUUUGGAAAAGAAAGCUAUCUCGAAGAAGUACGAAGAAUUAAAAAUGUUUUUGCAACUGCCGUAUACCAAAGAAUUAAUUAAUUUGCUGAUCAAGCCAGACAAACCUCUAUCCGAAUACAAAUGGCUUGAUUUGGAAAGAGUUAUGGAGGAUAUGAAAAACGACGAAGAUUUUGACCAUUUAAAGGCAAAGGUUUUUCUAUACAUACUGAAGCAUAUCAGCAUAAGAAAUUGCAUCGGUAUCUGGUUGAAACUCGAAAUCAUGAAUACGACUUUAGCAGAGAAGGCUUUGCGUUUUAUUCUUUACAAUAUGAGCAGAGGAGUGCGUGAAAGGAAAAUCUGCUUACAGUUCUACAGACUAACAAUGGAGCAGCUGCGAAGACUUCUAGACGAUGACAGACUGAACGUGCGAAGCGAAGAUGAAGUAUUAAACAUAAUGGAAGCAUGGAUAGAUGUUUGCGAUGGGCGUCGAGACAGUCGCGACAAAUUACUUGGAGUUGUUAGAGUUGAUGGUCUAUCAGCCGAGAAAAAGAGCAGUUUUAUGGCAGAAAAUCGUUUACAGUUGCUUUGUCAGAAAUCCGUACGUCCACCACGAGAUCAGCUGGUUAUGUUCGGUGGAUGGUAUGGCGGACGAACUCAUUCACGAAUAGAUAUCUACGAUGAGAUGAGAAAGGAAUGGAAACCGCUCUGUGACCUUAGUCUCAUACACCCUAUUGCUUAUCAUGGCGCCGUGGUUUUGAACGAUGAACUUUAUGUCAUUGGCGGCACUGAUGGUGAAAACCACUACAGCACUGUGAUGAAAAUGAACAUGUUUGGCGAAUGGACAGAGGUGGCGCCGAUGUACGAAACAAGGACAUACAUAAGCAAUAGCUGCUGCGUGAUGGAUGGAAUGAUCUAUGUCUGCGGAGGUUUUGACGUACGUUCUAUGAGUCACAGGAGACGUCAUGAUCGCCUAAAGUGUGUUGAACGCUAUGAUCCCGCACUGAACAGAUGGGAGAGAAUACCAGACAUGAACCAAAUGCGCUCAGAUGCUGCAGCAGCAAGUGCCGGAGGAAAGUUGUAUGUUUCGGGUGGAUUUAAUGGUAAUGAGGUUCUGCAAACAGUAGAGGUGUACUCAUUAGCAACCAAUGCAUGGACAGAGAUUGCUAGUUUGCCAUCACCUCGCUCAGGGCAUUGCAUGCUACUUUUUGAUCCAUAUACAAUGAUUGUACUUGGCGGAUUCAAUGGAGACGAUCGCUUAACCAGCGUUUGCACAUGGAAGAUCGGACAUUUAUCGUGGUCAGAAGAUGCUCCUCCAAUGAAGAACAAAAGGUCCAAUUUUUCGGCUUGCUUUUUUGAUGGCAAACUUGUCGUCGCUGGCGGAUAUUCAGUCUCGUCUACAAUAGCAGGGGUCGAAAAAUUCGAUGGGGAAGAAUGGAGUGAUAUGCCGGAUUUACCAACGAAUCGCAGCGCAAUGAAAAUUAUUGUGCUCCCUGACUUCCGUGAUUUUGCUAUGACAAAGCUCGGUACAGAUGAAACUCGAAAAAAAUGGUUGGAGCAAGAGCGGGGAAUCACUUUGGAAAAAAGCGGAGCACUUCAGCGGCAUCGUAACGGUGAUGAACAACGACAUAUGCCUUAGAUGGUGUCCGCACAAUUUUGUGGGAG